CCUCCCAUAACGUGCCUCUUUCUGCUGUAACGUUAUGGCCGCUGUUCCUUAAACGUCGGCCUGUGUGCGCCGCUAAAAGAUUAAAUAAAGCUUUAACGUACACUUAAAAACAUGUCGGCCCUACUUUUCCUGAAAACGUCGUUGAGCAGACUGCCACCCUGUGUCGCCCGGCAGGUUGUCGGCUGCUGUUACCACACCGAGAAAGGUGUUUAUGGAUACCGGCCUAAACAGACAGAGAGGUGCCACAAGUUGCAGAGCGACUGCAUCGCGGCACUGAAUCAAGAUCAUGGUCUUGCUCGUCUGGUGGAGGCAUACAGAGCACAUGGGCACAAGGCUGCUAAAAUUAAUCCCUUACUACCCCAAAAGCCUGUGGCCGACACUGUCCCGGAGAUAGACAUGCUGACCGGCACCAUUAGAGGAAAACUCAACACCUCAGGUAAAUGACAGCUGUAGAUGGAAAC